GUGUUUUCAAAUGAAGAUCCAGUCAGGAAGAAAAAAAAUAUAUAAAUACAUAAAUAUAUUAUUUAAAAGAGGUACAUAUCACGAAUUAGGAAGACUUACAACCAGAUCAAAGAACUUUAGAUACUAAUAAACAUAUAAAUUGUUUUUUGGUACUGACACUUGUUCUCGUAAGAAGAAAUCUUCUGAUAAUAUAAGUUUCUUUCGAUAUCGUGACCGCCAGAUUACGCUACAGUAUCUGUUAGAAUGACAGAUAAAUAUUUUCCUAACCUAACUUUCACUCGUUAAAUUAACAUUCAAAAUGCUGUUUUACUCAUUCUUCAAAUCUCUCGUUGGAAAAGACGUUGUUGUUGAACUAAAAAACGAUUUAAGUAUAUGUGGAACAUUACACUCUGUAGACCAAUAUUUAAAUAUAAAAUUAACAGAUAUAAGUGUAACGGAUACAGAUAAAUAUCCUCACAUGCUCUCGGUCAAAAACUGUUUUAUCAGAGGAUCUGUGGUUCGAUAUGUUCAAUUACCAGCAGAUGAAGUCGAUACACAACUAUUGCAAGAUGCAGCCCGGAAAGAGGCCUCUGCACCUACUAGAUAAGUUAUAACUAGGAUACAUAAGCAUUACUUUUAAGGUAUUUUUAAGUGUCUGAAUAUUGCAUUUAAAAAAUAAAUUAAUUUUAGAAUU